GGAAUUCCUGGCUAGGGUUUUUGAUUAAUUUGUGACCUCUCGUACUUUCAAGAGCUUAUUAAUUGUUACCCUUAACCAAAAGACUGGUGGCACAGAUAUAAGCACUCAUGAGCUCAAUUACUUGUUAAUGGCGAAUUCAGGCAAAUCACCUUCAGCAUUAGUUCUCCUCAAACAUCCAUUUGAAACAGAAGUUGAAGAAGAUGAACCAGGCCAAUCUUCUGCUCAGCAUCAUAUCAUCGAUAUCCACCCUUCAACCACAUCUUACGCUUUUGUUCUUUCAUUCAACAACUUAUCAUACGAAAUCAAAACUAGUCCUAAAUUGGCUCUUCGACUUUGUGGAAAGUUAGGCAAAUUUGGUUCACAAGAUCAGAUUAAAAACAAAAUUUUACUGGAUGACAUAUCGGGGGAAGCUCGAGAUGGAGAAAUUAUGGCAAUUAUUGGAGCCAGUGGAGCCGGGAAAUCGACUUUGCUUGACGCUCUUGCAGGCCGCAUAGAGAGGGAGAGCCUGAAAGGAUCAGUGAGUUUGAAUGGCGAAUCGCUUCUCAAAUCGAAGUUCUUGAAGGUAUUAUCGGCUUAUGUUAUGCAAGAUGACCUUUUGUUUCCCAUGUUAACAGUUGAAGAAACCCUCAUGUUCUCGGCGGAGUUUAGGCUUCCACGCUCAGUCACAAAGGCAAAGAAACGCGCCAGAGUUGAAGCUCUAAUCGAUCAAUUAGGCCUUCGAAGUGCGGCGAAAACUAUCAUUGGCGAUGAGCAACAUCGAGGCGUAUCAGGAGGCGAACGCAGGCGCGUUUCGAUUGGUAUUGGCAUAGUUCAUGAUCCGAUUCUCUUGUUCCUCGAUGAACCCACAUCGGGACUUGAUUCAACUAGCGCCUUUAUGGUUGUUCAGGUUUUGCAACGGAUUGCAAAGAGUGGAAGCGUUGUGAUUAUGUCCCUCCAUCAACCGAGUUACAGAAUUUUGAGCUUAUUAGACCAAAUUUUCUUUCUAUCAAAAGGUCAGAUUAUGUACAAUGGAAAACUAGCUUCUCUUUCACAAUUCUUUGCUGAGUUUGGGCGUCCGAUUCCUGAGAAAGAAAAUCAAACUGAGUUUGCUCUUGAUUUGAUUCGCGAACUUGAAGCUUCUCCAAGUGGGAUCAAUGGCUUAGUUGAAUUCAAUAAGUCAUGGCAGGCGAGGAAGAUUCGCGAUGAAGUCCAGGAUCAAGAAAAUGUUUCACUUGAAGAUGCAAUCAAAGGAAGCAUUACAAAAGGAAAACUGCUGGUAUCAGCUGGCACAAGUAAAGUUCAAACUUUUGCCAAUCCAUUUUGGAUUGAAGUGAUUGUUAUUGCAAAAAGAUUGCUCAUAAACUCAAAAAGAAUGCCGGAGUUGUUUGCAAUAAGAUUAGGUACAGUUCUUCUCACAGGACUAAUCUUAGCCACCCUUUAUUGGCAACUCAAAGAUUCUCCAAAGGGCACACGAGGAAGAUUAGGGUUCUUCGUUUUUGCGAUGAACACGAUUUUCUUCAUAUGUGCACGAGAAAUCCCAGCUUUUCUCCAUGAACGAUUCAUCUUCAUAAGGGAAAUUUCUUAUAAUACUUAUCGCCACUCAUCUUAUUUACUUGCUCAUUCUUUAGUCUCCAUUCCUUCUUUAAUCAUUCUCUCACUUGCCUUAUCCCUCACAACUUUCUGGGCUGUUGGCCUUACAGGGGGGUUCUCCGGAUUCUCCUUCUUCUUCCUCGUAACUUUUGCUUCAUUUUGGACUGCAAGUUCAUUCAUGGCGUUCAUUUCAGGGCUUGUUUCACAUGUAUUAAUAGGAUUUACAGUUGCCGUAUCUGUUUUAGGUUAUUGCCUUCUCUUCAGUGGAUUCUACAUUUCUAGAGAGCAAAUUCCUUCAUAUUGGAUUUGGUUUCAUUAUCUCUCUCUAGUGAAGUACCCAUAUCAAGGAGUAAUCCAAAAUGAAUACGGUGGCGAAAGCAAGUGUUUCGUGAGAGGAGUGCAAUUCUUUGAUUACACCCCAUUCAUGAAAUUCUCUGAUCCCGUGAAAUUAAAGCUAUUAGAAAGCAUGAGUGGUGUCAUUGGAGCCAAUUUAACAAGCUCAACUUGUCUUGCUACUGGUGAGGAAAUACUUGAGACACUUGAGGUAUCAGAUGUGAGCAAAUGGAGUUGCGUGUGGAUUACUUUAGCUUUUGGGUUACUCUUUAGGGUUUUGUUUUACUUCACUUUGUUGCUCGGGAGCAAGAACAAGAGGAAAUGAAUACGGAGUGAAACUAGUGGAUUUUGUUUCAUGAAUAUCAAUGAGUCCAUUUAUUUUAA